UUACCCGCCCUCCCAGGUUCAGGGCAUCAGGAGGAGGAGGAGGAGGAGGAGGCGCUGCUGCUGCUGCUGCUGUUUCGGCGCCGGCGGCCGCUCAACUGCACAGGACUUGCAAUCUGGUUCGGGAAAAGCCGGUGAUGUCCGACUGCACUUGAUCCGUGAACCCGGGCCCCGAGCAAAGCGUGUGGGGGGCGUCCCGGAGGGAGGUGUUGGGGGCUGCAGCAGUGUGUACACCAUCCAACGAUCUAGCAAAGGUUCAAGAAGUAGCAAGCUGGCUAUUGGAAAUGAACCAGGAAUUGCUGUCUGGGGGCAGCAAGAGGCGUCGAACUGGAGGAUCCCUCCGAGGUAAUGCCUCCUUAAGUCAUGGAGAGGAAGAGCAAAUGAACAGAGUAGUGGAGGAACAAGAGGAGCACUGUGUGAGGAAUGCUGAUGGAAGUGGAGCUGAAGCUAGCAGUAGUACCAAUAAUGAAUCCCAGGUUGAUGGAGGGGAAGGUGAUGAGGAGGAGGAAGAGGAGGAGGAGGAAGAAGAAGAAAACAACAACAGAGUUAUAGCAGAGGAUGAGGAGGAUGGUAGAAACAAAGAGGAACAAGAGGAUGGUGAGGAAGAGGAAGAAAUGGACCAAGAAAGCGAUGACUUUGAACAAUCUGACAGCAGUAGAGAAGAAGACAGCACAAAUGGAAAUGAUGUAACUGAUCCAAAUUACAAUGUUGAUAUUAGCACACAGCAGCCCCUGCCACUGCUGAAGAAUCAGAUGAAGAGAAAAUUGGACCCUGGCCCCGAGGUCCGGUCUUUCUCUUCAGGGAAGAAACCUUGCAAAGGCUCAGAGUACAAAAGCAGCACGCCAGGGCUAGUUCCAUGUUCAGCAACACCAACCACCUUUGGGGACCUGAGAGCUGCAAAUGGGCAAGGGCAGCAGCGGCGCCGGAUCACAUCGGUCCAGCCUCCUCCAGAACUCCAGGACUGGCUGAGAACUUUUCAGAGUUGGAGCGGACCAGAAAGAUUACUUGCAUUAGAUGAAUUAAUUGACAGCUGCGAACCAACGCAAGUGAAACACAUGAUGCAAGUUAUUGAACCCCAGUUCCAGCGAGAUUUUAUAUCACUUCUCCCAAAAGAGCUGGCGCUGUAUGUUCUCUCAUUCCUGGAGCCUAAGGACCUGCUGCAAGCAGCCCAAACCUGCCGCUACUGGAGGAUACUGGCUGAAGAUAACCUGCUUUGGAGAGAAAAGUGCAAAGAGGAAGGAAUUGAUGAACCUGUAUACAUCAAAAGGAGGAAAGUGGUCAAACCAGGUUUUGCUCACAGCCCUUGGAAAAGCGCCUACAUUCGACAGCACAGAAUAGACACUAACUGGCGUUGCGGAGAUCUAAAAACGCCCAAGCAGGUGCUGAAAGGUCAUGAUGAUCACGUGAUCACGUGCCUGCAGUUCUGUGGUAACCGAAUUGUCAGUGGGUCUGAUGACAACACUCUGAAAGUAUGGUCGGCAGUUACAGGAAAGUGUUUAAGGACAUUAGUAGGACAUACGGGUGGUGUCUGGUCAUCCCAAAUGAGGGGCAAUAUCAUCAUCAGUGGAUCAACAGACCGAACAUUGAAAGUUUGGAAUGCUGAUUCUGGGGAAUGUAUUCACACACUAUAUGGCCAUACCUCGACUGUGCGCUGCAUGCACCUCCAUGAAAACAGGGUUGUGAGCGGGUCUAGAGAUGCUACUCUUCGUGUCUGGGACAUUGAAUCAGGACAGUGUUUACAUGUGUUAAUGGGUCACGUAGCAGCAGUGCGAUGUGUCCAAUACGAUGGCCGAAGAGUUGUCAGUGGAGCGUAUGAUUUCAUGGUUAAGGUGUGGGACCCAGAAACGGAAACCUGUCUACAUACACUACAGGGACACACCAAUCGGGUCUAUUCAUUGCAGUUUGAUGGUAUCCAUGUAGUAAGUGGUUCACUUGAUACCUCUAUUCGUGUAUGGGAUGUGGAAACUGGGAAUUGUAUUCACACGUUAACAGGACACCAGUCAUUAACAAGUGGAAUGGAACUCAAGGACAAUAUCCUAGUCUCUGGAAAUGCAGAUUCCACAGUAAAAAUCUGGGACAUCAAAACAGGACAGUGUUUACAAACGUUACAAGGGCCGAACAAGCAUCAGAGUGCUGUGACUUGCCUGCAGUUCAACAAGAACUUUGUGAUAACUAGCUCAGAUGAUGGGACUGUCAAGCUGUGGGACUUGAAAACGGGCGAGUUCAUUCGGAAUUUGGUUACACUGGAAAGUGGGGGCAGUGGAGGCGUUGUGUGGCGAAUUAGAGCAUCGAACACAAAGCUUGUUUGCGCAGUGGGAAGCAGAAAUGGGACUGAGGAAACAAAGCUGCUUGUUCUGGACUUCGACGUGGACAUGAAGUGAAGGAGUGGAAUAGGAAUUUGUCUAACUGUGUUAAGUCAGUGUAAACCGCCUGGUGUUGGUGGGUGCACGAUGUUGGCUCGGGGCAACAGGCUGCACGAUGAAGACGCAGAGACCUACAGAUUGCUGGGAAAGGGAGUAAGGGAUGACACAUUAUAACUGACAGAAUCUGACUUGGUCGGAUGUCGUGUUAUAUCUGACUUCCCUUUUGACUCUGGGCAGCUUUGCACAGAAAGACUUGCGAUACAAAAGCCUAGUGCAAUUAUUAUUUUUUUAAUGAUUAUCAGCAGCCAACUCUCAGCAGCAAGGCAUAAAAAAAUUAUUUGAAAACUUAUGUUUUAAACAAGCUGCUUAACAGGGCCAAGAACUGGUUCUCUUAAAGACUUGGGUUAUGUCUGCCUCAGUUUUGUCCUUCCAGGUUUCAAUAUUUGGAACCUUACUGUGAAUUUUGUACAAUUUAUAUAUAUAAAAUAUAUAUAUAUAAAAAAAGCCUAAUGUUGCCAACAAUCGGUCACAGUAUUAACAUGUAUUUCUCUAUUUAUUCACUACUGCUUCCAGAUUCUUUUUAAUGAGGCUUAUGUAGUUCUUCAGAGGCAAACUAUCCCGAGUGAUCUGAAUACUUAAGAAUUCAAAAGCUGGAAGAGUUCUCAAGGCUGGUAUUGAAAUGGGUCUUUGAGCUUGUUAAAAGUUAUCCCAUCCCUGUACUGUAUUCCCAGUGGCCAAAUAACUUGCUGCUAAGUCUUCUAUUGUGACGUUUCAUAUCCAGACUCCAGUUCUAAAUUUGAUCUGGUCUGGAUUAUUUUGAGUUUUNAAAAAAGGCAUUUGCCACUGAAACUUGAGCCAACUGUGCCUCUGAGAGGCUGGAAGAAGAAAGGAGAUGCAGAACGGCAGAGUGUGAGUGCUUGGAAGAAGGAAAUAGAGAAGUGUUAUGUGCUACAUUGGAAUGUUUUUUUGUUUCAGAAUGAAGUUAAACACAUUCCUUUAGAUGGGAGCUCUUUCAGCCUCUGUUGUGGGGAAUUUCAUUGUGAGGACUACGGUGGAACAAACAAAAAUACAAUUAAGAUUACUGACAGUGCAAGAAAACAAAAAAAAAUUCAAAAGCGAACACAUACAUACAGAUGAGAGAUAUAAUUGCUGGUCAGUCUUAGUGAAAACAGUAUUGAAAUAUCCAACUGUUACAGUUAUUGCUGUGAGCUACUGACAACGAAACCAAGCGUUUUGUACUGAAAGCAGCACAGGCAAGAACAGCCAAAUUGUUUGCCUAAUUAUUCAAGAGCCACAACUCAACAUGAACUGUGAAAGUGGUUUAACACUGUAUACUAAACAAUCUUGAGUUAGAUACUUCUGUUUUCUUUUUAUUUUCUUGUUAAUUUAUAGUCUGGUUUUAAAAAAAAUCAGAUUUCAGGUGUUUUACUUUACAGUAUGUAACUGCCUGAUGUGAUGGAGAAACCUUAAAGGGAUUGUGUCUAUGGUUUGAUUCACUUAGAAUUUUUAUUUUCUUAUAACUUAAGUGCAAUAAAAUGUGCUUU